GUGACAUCACCUCAUUUACAUAGGAGCGCCCAUAAAGCUGCGCCCGCCGCACCCCGCCCGACAACUCGGUGGUGGCCACUGCGCAGACCAGACUUCACUCGUACUCGCGCGCCUCGCUCCGCUUUUCCUCCGCAACCAUGUCUGACAAACCCGAUAUGGCUGAGAUCGAGAAAUUCGAUAAGUCGAAACUGAAGAAGACAGAGACGCAAGAGAAAAAUCCACUGCCUUCCAAAGAAACGAUUGAACAGGAGAAGCAAGCAGGCGAAUCGUAAUGAGGCGUGCGCCGCCAAUAUGCACUGUACAUUCCACAAGCAUUGCCUUCUUAUUUUACUUCUUUUAGCUGUUUAACUUUGUAAGAUGCAAAGAGGUUGGAUCAAGUUUAAAUGACUGUGCUGCCCCUUUCACAUCAAAGAACUACUGACAACGAAGGCCGCGCCUGCCUCUCCCAUCUGUCUAUCUGGCUGGCAGGGAAGGAAGGAACUUGCAUGUUGGUGAAGGAAGAAGUGGGGUGGAAGAAGUGGGGUGGGACGACAGUGAAAUCUAGAGUAAAACCAAGCUGGCCCAAGGUGUCCUGCAGGCUGUAAUGCAGUUUAAUCAGAGUGCCAUUUUUUUUUUUGUUCAAAUGAUUUUAAUUAUUGGAAUGCACAAUUUUUUUAAUAUGCAAAUAAAAAGUUUAAAAACUUA